AUGCCGUCUUCAACUUUCAAAAGCACCAUCAACAUCACGCAUAGCGGCACUGCCACUGCCAUCCUCUCUAUCGAUGGCAUCAACUUUCUGACAGACCCUUUCUUCUCACCCGCCGGCACCGAGCAUGUAUAUGGCCCUCACGUUCUGCGGAACAGUGACUCGCCCGCCCUCACCCUCGAUGCCCUACCACCCAUAGGCGCUGUUUUGCUGUCCCACGAGGACCACUGGGACAACCUCGACGACCUCGGCCGCCAGCUCCUCGACGGGCGCCGCGUCCUCACCACUCUCGACGGCGCCUCCAAACUCGCGCCCCGCCCUGGCGUCGUCGGUCUGGCCCCGUGGCAGACCGUCGAUCUCCGAGCCGGGGGUCGUAACUUCCGCGCCACCGGGACCCCGUGCGUCCACCUGCCCGGCGGCGAGUGCACGGGCUUCGUGCUCGAGUGCGAGGAGUUCGGCAAGGGCUCCAACGGGAAGCCGAACGCUAUUUACUUCUCUGGAGACACGAUCUAUGUCGAGGAGGCUUCUCGGGGCCUGCGCGAGAAGUGGAACGUCGUGGUUGCGUUGAUGAAUCUCGGGAGGGCCAGUGUGCCAUUCCCGGAAGAGAAGCUGCAGAUCACGAUGGAUGGGGCACAGGCGGCGAAGCUGUUCCGGGAGAUUGGAGCGGAGGUCUUGGUGCCGAUGCACUUUGAGUCAUGGGGCCAUUUCACGCAGUUCGGUGGUGAAUUGAGGGAGGUUUUCAAGCAGGAGGGGUUGGCUGGCAGCGUCUGUUGGCUGGGGCCUGGGGUGGAGAAAAAGAUAUUCUAA